UUUGAAAAGAAUAACUCUGAUUAUUUUUUCCUUAAUUCACGAGGUAAACCUAUUAAAGCCGAAUAUAUUCGCAACAUGAUUAAUUUACGAACUAAACAGGCGGGGAUUAAGAAAUUAAUCACCCCUCAUACUUUCAGAAGAAGUUUUGCGACUUUACUAAACAAUAAUGGAACUCAGUUAACUACCAUCCAGAAAUUAUUAGGUCAUUCUCAUAUUACUACUACUGCCUCUUACAUUCAUAAUGAUUAUGAAACUUUGUUUGCUGAUUACUCUAAAUUAUGA